UAGACUACCACCAUCCUCAUCACCAUCACCAACACCGCCAAAGUCCAGGUAAACCUCCCCUCAUGCCCGCAGUCGCAUCUUCCAGGACCGCUUCCUCCUCCUCGUCGGGGCAUCGCGCAACGACCACCUCGCGCCUCGCACCCUCCACCGCGUCCAAUCGCAUGGACCACACCGGCCAUGGCGACGACGACGAAGAGUGGGAUGCAGACGAUGCAGCUAGAGACAGUAAGAUUCCACGCAAGACGGCCCUUCCCAAGAAGGCAGCUCCAGCCACCAAGUCGCUGAAGAAGCCCACACCUGCUGCUGCUGCUCUCGACCUCGAGUCGGACGAAGAUUCUCCCUCCUCCUCACCCAGCGCCCGUAUUGCCUCUCUAGAAUCUCAAGUGACCCGCCUGCGCCAAGAGCGCGAUACCUACCUCUCUCAAUUUGCCGAGCUCAAGGCCGUCCGUUCCACAGCCGCCGAAACCGAUCUCGCUUCGUACAAGAAGGCUGCCGAGACGCGCUUUAGACAUUCAGAAGAUUUGGUCAAGAGCUACAAGAAUAGCUUGGACAGGGCGGAGAAGCGGUUGAGGGGAGAGAUGGGUCUGAUGGGAGAUGAGGAGAGGGAGAGGGAGGAAGAGAAUGAGAGGUUGAGAAAGGAGGUGGAGACAUUGAAGAGGGAGAAGAAGAAGGCGGAUGAGGAAGCACGUCGCCUAACCCUCGAGCUCCGCACCGAAGUCGAAUCCUCCCGUGCACUCCUGUCCAACUCCAAGAACGGCAGCUCCAGCUCUUCAGGCUUCAACCGCGAUGGGGACAACCAAGCAGUACGACGGCUGUACGAGGACCUGACGGGCAUUGUCAUCUCGCGUAUCGAGCUGUGUGAGCGCGAGGAGGGGGAUGAUGCGAAUAGCGAGAAGAGGAGGUACACUGGAGCGUAUGCCGCGGUAGGACACCAUGAUCUACAACUCUCCCUCGAAGAAUCCACUUCCACUCUCCCACCCUCCUCUUCUUCCUCUUCUUCCAACUCCCGCUCCACCUCCUCUCUGCGCAAGGACCUCGUCUUCCGUCCUCACCUCGACUCUCAGCGGGAUCUCGCUCUCCUCUCCCCCGGAAGUAACCUACCAGAGUAUCUCCGCGAGGAGAUUAGGUUCGAUAGAGGAUUGAGCGUAAAGUUCUUGGGCACGUUGGAGAAGGGAUUGAAAAAGUAGAGGAGGAGAGGGAGGGGAGAACGUCGUGCCCCUUCUACUACUAGCCAUAGCCAUUUGCUUUUCUCGAGAUAGUUGUCCGUUGUCCUUUUUUUCUCUCUUGUUGUCACUGUAGGUCUUUUCUCCCCCCCCCGCCCCCUUCCUUUCCUUUUCCGAUAAGUGAUACCGCAUACCUCUUCUUUUCAACUCGACUCAACUCAUCCUAUCCUUGCCAAGUCUGAACACUCCAAUGCUCACUCACUAUUUACUUAGUCAUUCAUUCAGUCAGUCAGUCAG